AUGUCGGGCCUAGGAACAAGCACAACGGACUCAAAGGACCCUACCGUGGUCUCUGCAAGCGCUUUGAAUGCAGACAUGCCUUCGCCAGUCAACCGAAGAGCCGGUACUUCAAAUGAGGCACUUCUGAUCUUGGAAGACGACAGGUCAGACGUCGCCUUGAAGACGAACGACGCCGAGCGGAACGAAUCAGACGACGAGAGAAAGCUUGUGAACGGUGGCAUCGUGAUCAGAGAUGGUAACGAUGUCGCGAGAUACGUCGUCAGUACUCAAGACGAUGGUGAUGCGUCUUGCACCUUUCGAUCUUUCAUCAUCGGUUCUGGCUUGACCGCUCUUGCGGCCUGCAUCAAUCAAAUCUACUUUUAUAAGCCCGUCGAUGUAUCAUUUUCCUCGGUGUUCCUUUGCUUGAUGGCUUAUGUGAUCGGGGUUGCUUGGUCCGUCUUGCUCCCUCGACGGCAGCAUGUUGACAAGUACCUACCAUCUCAAGCAAGGUGGCUCGGCCCAGUCGUUCACUUCAUCAACCCCGGCCACUUUGGACUCAAGGAACAUGCCGUCGCUUCAAUUCUUUCUACAUCGAGUGGAAAUGGUGCUGCAAUCGUGCAAGUCUUUGGCGCAGAGCGACUGUUCUACAAUCGGAGCAUCGAUCCUGCCACUGCGAUUCUGACAGUCUGUUCGGCCUCCAUCUUUGGAUAUGGUCUUGUAGGUAUCCUGCGGUCCAUCAUCGUUCAUCCGAGUGAAAUGGUCUGGUGGCAAUGCCUCCCCAUGAUAUCCAUCUACCAGACGCUCCACCGUGACCCAGUAGGCAACAGUCAAGACAGGCUCCGAAUUUUCGGCUUCACUUCCAUCGGCAUGUUCAUAUGGGAGCCCAUAGCAUCCUACAUCUGGCCCUGGCUAAACGGCAUAUCCAUCCCCUGCCUCGCAUCGAUGAAGGCCGCGCCGCCGACUCGAAAGGUUCUCAUGACAAUCUUUGGCGGCAUCAACUCCAACGAGGGCCAGGGCAUCUUCAACUUCUCCCUGGACUGGCAGUACAUCACGUCGCGGUACAUGUCCCUGCCGCUCCUCCAACAAGCCAACUCUUGGGUGGGCAUCGUGCUCUCCUAUGUCAUGUGCUUCAGUCUCUACUACGGUGGGGCUUGGGGCGCCAAGAAGUUCCCGUUCAUGUCGACGGCCAUGUUUGACGGGAAGACUGGCAAGGUCUACAACCAGACGGCCGUGUUUGGGCAAAACGCGAUCUUGGACACGGACGCACUGGAGAUACAUGGGCUUCCGCGGUUGACCGCAUCCAAUGUCUGGGCCAAUAUGGCGGCAAUGGCCGCCAUAGGAGCGCUGCUCACUCACAUUGCCCUUUUCUAUGGGCCGCUCAUCAAGCGGUCAUUGAAACAGGCUUGGAAGAAGGAAGAGACAGACAUCCACUACAGGAUCAUGCAAGAAAAAUACAAGGAUGUUCCCAUCUGGUGGUAUAUUGCCAUUCUUCUUGUUGGCUUCUUCGCUGGCCUUGGAGCUGUCGUCAAGGGCCACACUACGCUUGACGCCUGGGCAUAUGUUUGCGCCAUCCUUCUUGGCUGCAUCGUUGCACCCUUUUCGCUCUGCUUGUACGGCUUGCUCGGCACUAGCGUCGCCACAAACAAUCUUUCCAAGAUGCUCUGCGGUGUACUUCAACCUGGGAAACCUGUCGCCAACAUGUAUUUCUCAAUGUUCAGUCACGAGGUCACCGUACUCUCGGUGUUCUUGUCUACUGAUCUCAAAAUGGCCCAAUAUCUCAAGAUCCCAUGGAGAACCAUGUUUCUUCUGCAAACAUGGGGAAGCUUAUUUGGGACAGCCUUGAACUAUGUAAUCAUGGAUACCAUUGUGGUAAACCGACGAGAAAUCCUUCUUGACCCGAUUGGCAACCAAGUCGUGAGUUCGCCCCGUCAGAAGUUUGCCGUAUCAGAGCUAACCCAAAGCCAGUGGAGCGGACGGAAGAUUCAAUCUCUCAAUACGACUGCCGUUACCUGGUCACUUGCAAAGUACGUCUAUGGGUUCGGAAAAGAUGGAUAUGGGUGGAUCCCGCUCUCCAUCGUCCUUGGGGCUGCUAUCCCUAUUGCGCUGUGGCUUUUAUCUCGCAGGUACAAAACCGUCUGUGGCUUGGAAGUGAGCAAGUGUGUCACUCCUGUGAUCUUUCAACACGCCUCGGACACAACGUCAGGCACUACAUCUGUUAUCUGGUCUCAAGUCGCGGUCGGCUUGUGGUCUCAGUGGUACAUGCGGUUGCGCCAUCCCGCUUGGUUCGGCAGGUAUAACUAUAUCGUCGGUGGCGGUCUAGAUGCAGGCGCCAAGGUCAUGAUGUUCAUCUUGACAUUUUCUGUCGCUGGCGGUUCAGGAAGAGAGGUUCCUUUCCCUACGUGGUGGGGUAAUCCUGUAUCGAGUUCGAAGCAGUACGCCGAUUACUGCGGUAAUGGAUAG